CGUUCGGCUCCGAGGCGGGAAGGCGCGGGCGAAAAUAACCCGCCACGUGCAGGGAGCGCGUGGUCGCCCAGGGCCGCUCGGCCUCGGGCCCCGGGGCACGUCCCGCGUGCUGUCCGGCCGGCCCCGCGGCCCCUUCCCACCGCGACCGCCGCCGAGACCGGCAUCGGAGGGGGAAGGAGAGGGGACUCGCCGACCGAGUUACGAUUUCCAGGCAGUUCUGUGCGGGUGACGGUGCCCAGGUUAUGACGACUAAUCCCAAACCGAACAAGGCAUUAAAGGUCAAGAAGGAGGCGGGCGAGAACGGCCCGGUGCUCAGCGACGAUGAGCUGGUGUCCAUGUCGGUGCGGGAGCUGAACCAGCACCUGCGGGGCCUGUCCAAGGAGGAGGUGGUGCGGCUCAAGCAGCGCCGCCGCACGCUCAAGAACCGCGGCUACGCCGCCAGCUGCCGCAUCAAGCGGGUGACGCAGAAGGAGGAGCUGGAGCGGCAGCGGGUGGCGCUGCAGCGGGAGGUGGAGAAGCUGGCCUCGGAGAACGCCAGCAUGCGGCUGGAGCUGGACGCGCUGCGCUCCAAGUACGAGGCGCUGCAGACCUUCGCGCGCACCGUGGCCCGCGGGCCCGUCGCGCCCUCCAAGGUGGCCACCACCAGCGUCAUCACCAUCGUCAAGUCCCCCUCCGUGCCCUUCUCGGCCGCCUCCUAGUGCCGUGGCCGGGCGCCGGGGGCAGGGGCGCCGGGCACGUCCCUCGUGCUGUCCGAGGGUCCACGUGCAGAGUCCACAGGGCUCCCGUGGGGCCGGGUGGAGAGGAGGGUCCAUGAACCUGUGCGCCGCACACCUUCCUGCACGCGCCCACAUGUGCCCACACGCACACGCACACGCACCGGCCGCCCUCGGUCACCUGCGCUCCAGGCUGUCGCUUUAGGGUCUGUCUCCCGGGGAGUCGGGGGUGGGGAAGGCCUCAGAGGCUCCUGGCCUGAGGCCCGAGGCCCUGCCCACCCCCAGCCUCAGCAGCCUCUGUCCCUGCUGUGGCCUGGAGCCCCACUGCCCGGGCAGCCCUGCUGUCCCAGGAGGAGCCCUUCGUCCUGGGCCACAGGCGCCGUGACUGCCGUGGCAGGGCCCUGUGCCGGGCGGCGGGCAGAGGGAGGCUGUGCGUGCGGCCAGCAGCUCCGGGGCUUGGAGCAGCAGCUGCUUACAGGCAUCAUGGGGGGUCCAUGUGGAGUGUUGUCAAGUGUCCCUGUGUCGGGGUGACGCGCGAGGUCCCCGGCUCCCAGCUGCAGCCCUCUAGCCCUGCCUCCACCCGCAGAGCCUGGGCCCGUGAAGCCGGGGGUGGGGGUGGAAUGGGUUGGCUGCAGGGGGUCUGCUUAGCUGUGGGAGUUGGAGGUGGAGCUGGCUGCGCCUGGUUCCUGCUGCCAGAGGAGGGGAGAGCAGGUGACAGGUGGGGUGCAGGAGGUGGCACAGGCUGGAAGGUGGGGCGCCUGCAUGGCGUCUGCACAGAGAGGACGGGACCCUGCAACCUUGGUGCUUAAUCGUCACCUGCACCCUUCUCCUCGGAGCCACGGGUGACCUCGGUGACCUCUGCUGGGGCUUCCCGCCCUCACACCGCCCAGGAAGACCAGCGAGCUGUGAGGCCCCGCCCCGCAGGGUGCCCGCUGCCCGGAGGAGGGGCCGAGGGGCCGCGUCCUGGCUGCCUCUGUCACGGAAGGACAGUGACGCUGGCCCCUGGCUGCGUCCUGUCCUGGGGGCAGCGGGGGUUGGGCGAGCGGCCCUAGAGCGAGGCUGAGGCCGGGGUGAGGAGCUGUUGAUGCCAUAGCUGUGGUAGGUAAUCCACAUUGGAUAUCAGUAAGGACCUGGGAGUAUUUAAAAGAGAAGUAUAAAUAUAUAUAUAUAUAAAGUUCUAUACACAUUUUAUCGUUGGAUUUUGUACCUUUUCCUGUUUGAUACUGUAAGUGUACAGCCGGGCUGCAGGCAGAGGGUCCAGGUUGGAGCUCUGCCCACCACCCCCGUCUUCCCGCUGCCCUCUGCGGGCUCCGCCGACUGCGCCCGGGGCCUGGCGGGUGUCUUGCUUGGCGGUGGCGGCCGCUGGGUUCCCAGAAUGCCCGGUCCCGCGGGUCAGAGGUGGCACCCUCUCCCCCGGGGCAGGGGUCACGGAAGGAGGCCUGGCGUGUCCCUCGUGCGGUUCCUUUCUGAUUGUUGACCGUCACCGUCACGUUUAACAUACAGACUUUUAUUUACGAGGAGGCGAGGCCCGGUGCUUCAGACCGGAAUCUUCCGCAGGGCAGGCUCCGUCCGCAAGCUCAGCCCUCGCCUCGGCGCUCGGCAAUUCCAUUUCAAUAUUUAUUUUGUGCUGCUUCCGCCCCGACGUAAGUUAUUGAGGAGACCCUCCCGUGGCCGUUCCCGUGGGCGUGCCCGCGCCGCCGCCCGCAGCCACGCCUAAUUUAUUGCUGCACGUCUCUGCCGGACGCUUUCGUACCUUCGCAAUAAAGACUUCUCGUUUCAGGGGUGU